GUAGUUGGGGUUACAGGGGAGGAGUCUAUAGCGCUUUUCUAUGAGAGAGGUGAGUAGAUUAGCAAACCCAAAAAAGGCAGAACAGUGGUGCUAAGUGAGUUAUGUGGGCAGAUACCCAGGCAAAUAGCAGUAAAUGUUAAGUUAGUACAAGUCUUGGCUGUAUGUUAUAGGGAUCCUAGGCAGGAACCCACUGUAAAAGAUGGUUCUGUCUUCCCCUGGGUAGUGGCACAGGGCAUUGGUGAUGUUAGCCAGGCAGCUGGUCUGGAAGGACUGUGGUGUCUCUGGAAUGGAGGAACGUAGUGACCUGGCCAGAUGACUGAGACAUGAAUUGGAAGCUGCUGCUCUGUGAGUAAGAACUGCAGACUGAGAGAAGAAGCUUACUAUAGGAUUGGCUACAAGCUUUGUCUUUGGUGUGAGACCUAAAACAUAAUUGACCUGGGGGGUCACUCCUGUAUUUCCGACAUCAAGUGUCUCCCCUUGAAAGAGGCCAAGUCACCGGGCAGCAAAAAUGCCUCCCAGUAACCAGACUCGAGUUUUGCUUCUCAGCGCCAUGGAAAAGCGGGAGAAGACCCUCUUCAGGCUUGAGCAAGGUUUUGAACUGCAAUUCCGACUGGGCCCAACAUUACAAGGCAAGCAUGUUACAGUGUACACUAAUUACCCAGCUUCUGGAGAAUUAUUCUAUCGCCGCAAGUUCAGGGCACUGUCAUGGCGCAACCCAACAGGAAGAGAAGAUGAUUCUGACAAAUAUUGUAAACUGGAUCUCCAAAUUUCUGGAUCAUACCAGUAUUAUUUCAGUCUUGAAAAUGAGAGAAGUGGUGGAGGUUACAUAGUUGUGGAUCCUAUUUUGCGUGUUGGAGCUGAUAAUCAAGUAUUGCAUUUGGACUGUGUUACACUCCAGACAUUCCUAGCUAAGUGUCUGGGACCAUUUGAAGAAUGGGAAGAUCGUCUUAAAGUUGCAAAAGAAUCAGGUUACAACAUGAUUCAUUUUACGCCAUUGCAAAAACUGGGAUUAUCUAGAUCAUGCUACUCUCUGGCUGAUCAGUUAGAAGUAAAUCCUGACUUUUCAAGCCCAAAUAAAAAGUGUACUUGGAGCAAUAUAGGAAACCUACUGGAAAAAAUGAAAAAUGAAUGGAAUAUGCUUUGUAUAACAGAUGUAGUCUACAAUCAUACUGCUGCUAACAGCGAAUGGAUUAGGGUGCAUCCAGAAUGUGGUUAUAAUCUUGUAAAUUCUCCCCAUCUGAAACCAGCCUGGAUCUUAGACAGGGCUCUCUGGCAUUUAAGCUGUAGUGUGGCUGAAGGGAAAUACAGAGAUAAGGGGCUGCCUUCUUCAAUUGAAAAUGACCAUCACCUGAAUUGUAUCCGUAAAAUAAUUUGGGAGGAUAUUUAUCCCAAGAUAAAACUAUGGGAAUUUUUCCAAGUAGAUGUUAACAAAGCUGUGCAGCAAUUUAAAACCCUUCUGACUCAAGGUAACAGGAAAACUAAAUCUGAUCCAAACCAACGUCUUCAAAUAAUUCAGGAUCCUGAAUAUAAGCGACUUGGCUGUACUGUAGACAUGAAUAUCGCAUUGGCAACAUUCAUACCACAUAGCAAUGGGCCAGCUGCAAUAGAAGAAUGCUGUAACUGGUUCCAAAAGAGAAUUGAAGAAUUAAAUGCUGAGCAGUUCCAGCAAACUACCUACCAUCAAGAGCAGGCAGUCACUUGUCUUUUGGAGACUGUGGUUUAUGAGAGACUGGCUGACCAUGGUCCUAAACAGGGUCCUGUUAGUAGAAAAUACCCUUUAGUUACCAGAUACUUUACUUACCCAUUUAAAGAGAUGACCUUGGAAGAGGAAGAACUUCUGAUGCAUCAGCCUGAUAAAGCUUGUCAUUUCUUGGCUCAUAACGGUUGGGUAAUGGGAGAUGAUCCUCUGAGAAACUUUGCUGAACCAGGUUCAAAUGUUUACCUAAGAAGAGAACUUAUUUGCUGGGGAGACAGUGUCAAACUGCGCUAUGGAAAUAAACCAGAAGACUGCCCUUAUCUGUGGGCACAUAUGAAAAAAUACACUGAAAUUACUGCCAAAUAUUUCCAUGGAGUACGUCUUGACAACUGUCACUCAACCCCUCUUCAUGUAGCUGAGUACAUGCUGGACACAGCUAGAAAACUGCGUGCUGAUUUGUAUGUAGUGGCUGAGCUGUUCACAGGAAGUGAGGAGUUGGACAAUAUCUUUGUGACUAGAUUGGGCCUUAGCUCCUUAAUAAGAGAGGCAAUGAGUGCAUAUAACAGUCAUGAAGAGGGAAGAUUAGUUUACCGCUUUGGAGGAGAACCAGUUGGGUCUUUUGUUCAGCCACAUUUGAGACCUUUAAUGCCAGCUAUUGCACAUGCACUGUUUAUGGAUGUUACACAUGAUAAUGAAUGUCCUAUUCAGCACCGAUCUGAGUAUGAUGCUCUUCCCAGCUCAAUGAUUGUGUCCAUGGCAUGCUGUGCUACAGGAAGCACCAAAGGCUAUGAUGAGCUAGUACCACACCAGAUUUCUGUAGUCUCUGAAGAGAGGUUUUAUGCUAAAUGGAAUCCAGCAGCGACACCCUCUACUCCUGGUGAAGUUAAUUUCCAAACUGGAAUUAUAGCAGGAAGGCUGGCCAUGAACAGGCUGCACCAAGAGCUGGGAGCCAAAGGCUUCAUUCAGGUGUAUGUGGAUCAAGUUGAUGAAGAUAUAGUAGCAGUGACUAGGCAUUGUCCUAACACACACCAAUCUGUAGUGGCUGUGUCUCGUACUGCUUUCAGAGAUCCUAAAACCUCUUCCUACAGCAAAGAAGUACCUCAAAUGUGCAUCCCAGGCAAAAUUGAAGAGGUAGUGCUGGAGGCUAGAACUAUUGAGAGAAAUGUUAGUCCUUAUAAAAAAGAUGAGCAUUUUAUCAACGGAUUACCUAAUUACACAGUAGAGAUCAGAGAACACAUCCAGAUCCAAGAAAGUAAAAUUAUAAAGCAAGCUGGAACUGCCAUAAAAGGUCCCAAUGAAUUUGUUCAAGAAAUAGAAUUUGAAAACUUAACACCAGGAAGUGUGAUAAUAUUCAGAGUUAGUCUCGACCCAAAGGCACAAGAGGCUGUCGGUGUACUCCGUAAUCACCUGAUCCAAUUCAGUCCUCAUUUUAAAGCUGGAAGUCUUCCCGAUGACCGUUCAGCACCUAUAUUAAAAAAUCUUUUUUCUUCUAUUGCAUCUAAAUUAACCUUGGCUGAUUUGAAUCAAGUACUGUAUCGGUGUGAUGCUGAGGAACAAGAGGAUGGUGGAGGAUGUUACAACAUACCAAACUGGUCACCUCUUAAAUAUGCAGGCUUGCAAGGAUUAAUGUCAGUCAUGGCAGACAUUAGACCAAAGAAUGAUUUGGGUCAUCCUUUUUGUGGUAAUUUGAGAUCUGGGGAUUGGAUGAUUGACUACGUCAGUGACCGUCUAAUUUCACGUGCAGGAGCCUGUGCAGAAGUCGGUAAAUGGUUGAAGGCCAUGUUCGUCUACCUAAAGCAGAUUCCACGUUACCUUAUCCCAUGUUACUUUGAUGCCAUAUUAGUGGGUGCAUACACAACUCUUCUAGAUCUGGCAUGGAGUCAGAUGUCUAGCUUUGUUCAGAAUGGAUCAACAUUUGUUAAACACCUUUCUUUGGGUUCAGUCCAGAUGUGUGGGAUAGGAAAAUAUCCUUCUCUGCCAAAUCUGUCUCCUACUUUACAUGAUGUCCCCUAUAGGAUGAAUGAAAUCACAAAAGAGAGAGAACAGUGCUGUGUUUCCUUAGCAGCUGGUUUACCACAUUUUUCAUCUGGCAUUUUCCGCUGCUGGGGAAGGGAUACCUUUAUUGCACUGAGAGGUCUAAUGUUGAUUACUGGGCGUUAUUUAGAAGCAAGGAACAUAAUUUUAGCAUUUGCUAGUACCAUGAGACAUGGUCUUAUUCCCAAUCUGCUUGGCCAAGGGACCCAUGCCAGAUUCAAUUGCCGUGAUGCUGUGUGGUGGUGGCUUCAGUGUAUACAGGAUUACUGUAAAAUUGUUCCAAAUGGCACAGACAUUCUCAAGUGUCCUGUUUCCAGAAUGUAUCCUACAGAUGAUUCUCCUGCUCAGCCUGCAGGCACAUUGGACCAACCACUGUAUGAAGUAAUACAGGAAGCUAUGCAACAACAUAUGCAAGGCAUAGAAUUCCGAGAAAGGAAUGCUGGUCCACAGUUAGAUCGAAAUAUGAGGGAUGAAGGUUUUAAUGUGACUGUAGGUGUCGACCAUGAAACUGGUUUUGUCUUUGGAGGGAACCGCUUUAAUUGUGGCACAUGGAUGGAUAAAAUGGGAGAGAGUGAUAGAGCUCGCAACAAAGGAAUUCCAGCUACUCCAAGAGAUGGAUCUGCUGUGGAAAUUGUUGGCCUUUGUAAAUCAACUAUUCGUUGGCUGCUGGAGUUGUCAAAGAAAAAAGUGUUUCCUUAUCAGGGAGUCACCCUAAAAAGGCAUGGAAAAAAGGAAACCAUCACAUAUGACGAGUGGAACGGGAAGAUUCAAGGGCACUUUGAAAAGCUGUUCUUUGUCUCUGAGAACCCAGCAGAUCCUAAUGAAAAACAUCCAAAUCUGGUUCACAAGCGUGGCAUAUACAAGGACAGCUAUGGAGCUUCAAGUCCUUGGUGCGAUUACCAGCUCAGGCCAAAUUUUACUGUAGCAAUGGUUGUGGCCCCUGAGAUAUUCAGUCCUGAGAGAGCUUGGAAAGCUCUUGAGAUAGCAGAGGAAAAGCUGCUUGGUCCACUGGGAAUGAAGACGUUGGAUCCAGAUGAUAUGGUUUACUGUGGAGUAUAUGAUAAUGCCCUGGACAGUGACAACUACAAUGUUGCCAAAGGUUUUAAUUACCAUCAAGGACCUGAAUGGCUCUGGCCUAUUGGAUAUUUCCUUCGUGCAAAGUUGUACUUUUCCAGAUUAAUUGGUCCAGAGAUGUAUGCAAAGACGGUGGUUUUGAUUAAGAAUGUUCUCUCUCGCCAUUAUGUUCAUCUUGAGAGGUCAUCCUGGAAGGGGCUUCCAGAGCUGACAAAUGAAAAUGGGCAAUAUUGUCCAUUCAGCUGUGAAUCACAAGCCUGGUCAAUUGCUGUUAUCCUUGAAGUUCUUUAUGACUUGUAAAAGUUGUCUUUGAUUACUUGGUAAAAUUUGCUAUGUACUUGUAUUCAAAAGGUACAAAUGAACAGUUUGCUCAUACUGUAGUGAAAAUGUUUUGCACAGUCACUUAAAUAACUAUAUGGUCUGAUUUUUUCCAAAGGUGCUUAGUAUCUGUAUCUCCCAUUCACGGAAGAGGUAUUUCAGAGUGCUGCUCAGCACUUCUGAAAAUCAAGCCAUUAGUAUGAAUAGAUAUAUACACUUGUUACAGAAAAGCUUAUAAAGCAGCAACUUGGAGAAUGUACACAAAUGCAUUUAAAAUAGCUUUUGAAUUGUACACAUACUAAAUUAAACUAUAUCCUGCAUAGCAAGAUGUUAGAAGAAUUGUCUGGUUCCAAAUUAGAAUAUGAAUGCCAAGUGGUUCCAAAAAUCUGAGUUUAAACUCAUGGGGUUCUCUUUUUCCAUAUUUUCAGUUAAUCAAUAGAUGCUAUGCACGUUCAUCAUGGGGGAGAAUAGAUUGUACAGGUAUAGAUAGUGUGAUGUGUUUUCUGCUGCAGUCGUGCAUUUCAUAGAUUGCACUUUCAUUAGUGUUUUGUCCCUUUGUGAUGAACUGUGUGGCUUUUCCUAACAAUUUCUUCUCUUCCAUGUUCAACUGAACACUCCAUUAAAAAAAUAAAGUUUUCACUCUUUACAGAUAAUUGUAGUAAAUUAAUAUCUUCACAAACUUUAAAUGAAAUUUGAGGACAGUAAUUCUGAGCAAUGAUGUGGAUGUAUCCUGUGUAAGAUACUUUAUAGGUUAUUUUUUGUGCUGUGGGCCAUAUGGCCAAAUUGUAUUUCUUGAAUUUAAUUUGGUUUGAAAUAACAUACAUCUGUCAACAAAUUUGUUCCACCAGUAGGAAACCAGAAGAAACACUUUAUCAUGUAAUGCCCUGUACAUAUAUCAGGUGAGGUCAAAGGAUCCAGGAGCCCACUAACUUAAUGAUGAAUUUGAAAGAAUAGUAAAUUUAUUUCAGCCCUUGCUUCGAGUAGUCUUCUUCCCUGGGGGGUGAAAUUCUGGCUCUGUUGAAGUCAAUUGAAAAAC